AUGACCAUCGCAGCGACAUACACCGCGCCAUCAUCUUCAUCCAGCCACGACAACAACCUAACCGACAAGGAGCCGACUACACAUGACCUGCUCAGCUCGCUAGGACUGAAGAAGUUGAGGAUACCAGCUGCCCAUCACAGGAAAAGGCUGGCCGAGCAAGGCAGGAGACACGCCAGCGGCGACUCCAGAAUGUUCGUCAUCAAACUACCGCCAAACACCAGCUACUACAGCCACGCCGAGCCUGCCCCAGCUGCGGCGAGAACUCUCCCACUCCAGAUGACCAGCAAUGGGAAACCGGCCAGGGUAUACCACUGGAAUAUACCCGUCCUCCACAAGAUGGCGAAGAACCGCCCUCAAGCCAGAUUUGAUGACGAUAUCGUUGAUGUAGAAAGCACACCGACUUGGCCAAAAGUCAACCACCCUAACUCCAUUGACGGAUUAGCUUAUUACGUGCCAGCCAAGAAAACCUCCUUCAGGAAAUACUUCUCUGGCAACGGGAAACCCAAAUCUUUCUACAUAAUAGAGAAGAACAAGAAAUCUGCGGAGUACCACAGGCUUCUCCCGUAA